GUCAGAUCCUCAACAGACAGCGUCACGGACAGAAGACAACAGAUGAGAGUCACAACAUUUGAGAUAAGAUAAGAAAAGACAAGAUCACACAAGACACUAUACAAUGUGCGAUAACACGAGACAAGACAGGAUACAAUACGUUACAUUAUGUUAUGUUACGUUGCGAUACGAUACGUUAUGUUGCGAUACGAUACAACGUGAUACAGUAAGACAAGAAAAGACAAGUUGAGACAAGACACGAUACUAUACUAUAUGAUACAAUACGUUACGUUACGUUAUAAUGCGAUAUGAUACAAAAUGAUAAGGUAAGUCAAGAAAAGAAAAGUUAAGACAAGAUAAGACACGAUACAAUGGGGGGUAAGAUAAAAUAAGACAAUACGUUACAUUAUGUGGCGUUAUGAUACGAUACGUUACGUUACAUUGCGUUUCGAUACAACACGAUACAGUAAGACAAGAAAAGACAAACUAAGACAAGACACGAUUCUAUACUAUAUGAUACAUGACGUUACGUUAUGAUGCGAUACAAUACAAAACGAUAAGGUAAGAAGAAAAGACAAGAUCAGACAAGACAUGAUACGACGCGGCGCGAUAAGACAAGACAAGACAAGGCAAGACACGACACAAUACGUUACAUUACGAUACGUUACGUUACAUUACAACACACCCAAAGAUACUUGUGAUAAACUUCUAAUUAAUUAAUGUUGCGUAUGUUAAACAAACACAGCACUCACAACAAGUGUUGUACAUGAACUAACAACACAGUCUAUAUUUUCAGAAUAGUUGCCCCAUGUGACAUGUUGUAGAUAGAUAUAACGACAUUCUUAUUCAUUGAUUUUAUUCAUAGCUCCAGUCCGAACAGAUACAUAAAGUAAAGCAGUAAAGUAAGGAUUAUGUUUCACACAGGCCCAACGAGGAGACCUGUCACAGAUAUAACAAGCCUGUCCAAAUUUGCAGGGAGGAUGUUAAAGAACCAGUUUCAGAUGGUUUGUCUGUUCUGGGCUUCUGUAGAAACAUGAUGGACUCUGUGGCAGAGGACCGACUCCCUUUGUUAGACAUAAAACUUUGUUUUAGGUAACAAAAACACGACAAUUGUUAGUUUCAGGUGAUUAUACACCAAUGGAAACGUAAUUCUGAAUAUUAUUAUCCAUUUCUGCCACCUAGAAACUGGACAGAAAAAGGAAAAAGAGCAAAUGUGGGACAUUAAUUCAAACCAUGACCCUCCAGAAAAUCAAAUAGACGAAAAGAAUGUAUUGAUCAAAGCUCCGACUUUUAAUUGCCAACAAAACAACAACAAUUUUGUGGUUGCACUUAAGACACACAACCAUAAAACAAUGGCAGCGAAAGUGACCGAGUCAUUUUUGGGACAUACAGUCACGACAAAUGACUUUUAGAACAACAUCUGCCUUUUCUCUCUGUCUUUAUUUUAAAAAUAUUUUGUAUUAUUGUGUUGCUUUUCUCUCUAUAACUUUCUUAGGUUCAGUUUUAUUUAAAGAAAGGUCGACAACAACAACAACAACGGUCACUGGCUUGAGUUCCUUUGAGAAAAAGAUUCCCUGCUAACUCUGCUGCAUCACCCAGGGUCUCCAACAAACCGCUGUGAGAAUGUGAUCAGAAACAGACUUGGCUGAGGAUGUGUGGAGUGAUGAGGUGAGGAGUGGCCUCGUGCUCGGAGGGUUUCUGGGCUAUAAAAGAGUGUUUCUGGAUGUGCUUGUCUUUAACGACACUGCAGCCCUGCAGCCCUGCUCCUGUGUGCACCUGAGGGUUUAAACACCAGAGAAGGCAGCAUGGAUGUAAGUACCGCACCAAACUGUCAGAACACCACGCUGUGUUCUGACGCUCUGUGUGGCAGCUGCCCGUCCUCUGGCUCUGCCCCACAGGCUAACAGUAUUUGGCCCACCUUGCCUCCGUCUGGAGCUGGGUUCCCCGCGUGGCCCGGUCAGCCGACCCAGCCUGCACCUUGCUGGACCGGCCAGCCAAACUCACCCUGCUGGCCUCCUGGGUCACAACCAGCCCCGUCCUCGGUCCCCGCACCGAUUUCCUACCCAGCCCCGGCUCAGAUCUUAACACCAACUCCUGCGCCUGCCCCGGUUAUAAUCCCAGCUCCAGCUCCGGCCCAAGUUCCAGCUCCGGCUCCGGUGCAGCCCUGCAACCCUUACUGGCCAGGCCCCCAGUGCCAGCCUCCCCAGCAGCCAGCUCCAGUUCAAGCUCAAGUCCCUGCUCAGGUUCCGGUUCCAGCUCCGACUCCAGCUCCAACUAUAACUCCGCACCCGGUCCCAGCACCUGGUCCUGCUGCGGGCAAACACCCAAAUGUACCAGGGUGGGUUGCACACCCUGGUUGGCCUUACAACCCAGGACAGUCAGGAUGGCCUGGACAGCACCCAUCUUACGUGCCUCCACACUGGCCUCCACCCACAUCCGGACCUCUUAGCGUGCCGUACAACUUGAACCUGGCCCGCGGGGUCUACGACAAGAUGAUGAUGACCAUCCUGGGCCACGUCAAACCUAAUGCUAAAAUGUUCACAGUGAACUUCCUGAGAGGAAACGACAUCGCCUUCCACAUCAACCCCCGCUUCAGCGAGGGCGGCAAACAGGUGGUGGUCCGUAACCACAAAGUGGGAGAGCGCUGGGGCUCAGAGGAGCGGGACCUGAAGGGACCCUUCCCCUUCGCUCAGGGCAGCCCGUUUGAGAUGAAGAUCCUGUGCACCCACGAGGCGUUCAGGGUCGCCGUGAACAACAUCCCUCUGUUUGAGUUCCGGCACCGCGUCAGAGAGCUCAACCAGAUCGACAGAAUCAACAUCCUGCACGAUGUCGUCCUCACCUACGUCAACCUGGAGAUUCUCCCAUAGGAAGCACACUGUCACUCACACAGCACAUGAAUCAACACACAACACGUAUGUGAGUGUGUUCAUGCAUAUGAGAGACACACACACACACACACACACACACAACAUAUAUAUAGGCUACACCUGCAGGAACUAAAACCUUCCAAUUUAUUCAUCAUGAUGCUUAAAGAUCGAACAAAUUAGCCUUAUAAUGUGAUGUAAUAUUAAUAUUGACAUGAGCUGAGCUCAUUUUAUAAUAUGCUACAACUACUUCCUCUACCACACAGCUAACACUUCAAUAUACACACAGCUUUGUACCUCUGUAUUAUUGUGUACAAUAUUUCAUAUAUUAUUAAUUUGAUACUAAUAGAUUUAUAUGUGUUUCUACAUCAUUAGAAAUCUGUUAACUGAAUAAAAAUAUUGCU